UGAAUAAAGAUAUGACUGCAUUGUUCCUCAAAGCAGAUUUCCCACAGCUGCUGUAACAGUGAGUUCAUAGAAAAAUAAAAUAAAAGUUAUCUUUUUGGCAUUUUCACCUGCACUUCUGGAAACAUCAGGAUGAAAAGAUUACUGUGGAGUUGUGCAGCAGUAAUGACUCUGUUUGUAGCAGUUGAAUCUCUCACCUGUGAGACGUGUGAUUUUAAGAUCCUCGGCUACUGCAUGCACACCGAUCCUGUAAAUUGCACAGAAUCUCAGACUAACUGCUUCACCGGAGUUGCGAAGUUUACGAUCAGCUUGUUGAACAUCUAUGAACGAGGCUGUAUAGAACCAGCCGAGUGCAGAAACGAGACGGGCUCCAUCUUGUAUGUGAACUACACCGUCACCAGGACCUGCUGCAGCACCGACCUGUGCAAUGGGGCCGCCUCCAUCCAGCCUGGCUUCACUGCAGCUCUGUUUGCUGCCCUGGUGGCAGUUUGGAGCCAGUGGAGUCUUUAAAGAUGACGAGAAUGAGUUUCCAUUUCAUAAUAAGUCCAUUUCAAACCUUCAAUUAAAAAAAUGAGUUAAACAAUAUCUCUAACAAGUAAGUACGUGUCAGUGUGAUGAUGUAAUGUGCUUAAUAAGACUCAAAUUGUUGCUGUAUAUAAGAAAAAUUAAUAUGUAAACUGUAGGUUUUUCUGUGCAAUUCUCCUGCAGUUUGAUACAGUUUCAACUCAAAAUAUGUAUUAUAUUACUUCAAUUGCUUUUUAAUUACUUUUUAAAGCUGAUUUAAAGGAAAAAUAAAUUCUUACGCUGAUUAUC